CAGGGCUGGAAACUGCUCUUCGUGUUUGUUUACAUGUUUACAGCCACCCGCCCCUCUCAGCUGGCGACACUCACCCUCACAUGACCACAACCUGAUUGAUCAGCUGCCCUGCUCCUCCUCUCCCGCUGCUGGUUCAUACGAGCUCGACCCUGUUUUUUCCCACUUGAAGGUUAUUUAUAUUGUGAUUUGAGAGAACACUGUAUUGUCUCGAAGAAAGGAGUUGACCAGCACACUACUUAAUCAAACCCAAAAUGUCGGAGAAACCUCCUCCAUACAACCCUACUGCUUAUCCAUCCCCUGGGCCUCCACCUGCAAUGGGUCCUCCUCCCCCUUACCAGCAGAUGCCACCCUCACCUGCCCCAGUGGGCUUUGUCACUACUCAUCCCAUGAGCAGUAGCACAACAGUAAUCACCUCUCAGCAACCUAGUUACGGGGCUAUUCCUGUAAUGGUGAACCCAGUUAGAGCCACUGAUGUGAUUAUUGUUGGUGGCUGCCCUGCCUGCAGGGUUGGUGUACUGAGUGAGGACUUUACUCUAGCGGGCUUAUGUUGUGCCUUUUGGUUCUUCCCUGUUGGUAUUCUUUGCUGUCUAGCCAUGAGAGAGCGACGCUGCAGCAAUUGUGGAGCUUGUUUCUCAUAGGUUUGUGAAGCAUAUUUGAAGUCCAUCCUUAAAUAUUAUUAACAAGCUGGGAAAACUAUUGCUUCGGUAGAAGGAGACAGGUUUAUUUUUUAUGGAAUAUUUGCCCAAUAUGCUCCUGACUUUUAAAAAAACACACAAAAAAAAAGAUUGGUUGAAAUAGAAAUUUAUUUUGCAUAGUUCUUACACAGUAGAGAUUGUAUAAGCCAGGUCUUCAUGCACUUGUAUCCAUAUGUGUAGUUAUGAUUGGGCAAGUUUGUUGGGUUGGUUAUUACAUGAUUAUCAGAUUCUUGGGAAAUAAAAGUUUAAUUUUGUUUAUAAUGAAAUAACUUCUCACGACAUUAGGUGGACCGAGUUUUGUAAAUCGGCUGUCCAAGACAUUGAUGUGCUAUUGGGUUAUCUUAAUUAUGCAUAAACUGUGCCUAGUAGGAAAUGGAGCUUCCCAGUACUGUAGUUACAUUAGUUUAAGCUGUGAGAGGGUUGAAACUUGAGUAUUAGAAUAUUUAUGAUUCCUGUACUACUUCUUGGUAAUUGUUUAAUUAUGACAUUCUCUUAAAAAUUAAUUUAAUUUAUACUGAACGUACUAUGGUGUGGAUUAAACUUACUUUCUCAUUUUUAAUCGAUUAAGAACUGGUGAUUAAGCAUGAACUUGGCCCAAAUUGUUUAAAACUUGCAGUAAAAAUCUAAAUUUUUGUAAUGCUGUAAUUUAGUGAUCUUUUCACAUGGUUUUAUAGUAGCAUUAACCUAUAAUUGUGCUAACUAUGAAAGUAUUAGGAAAUGUGAGGUUGCUAAUAAUAUUUUUGGUGACAAUAGUUGCUUUUAAAGUCUUGGAAUUUGGUAGUACCUGUUAAUCUAUUUAUUCACAGCCAGAUUACAUAAACAUCAAUAACUUUACCUUGUGAUAUUUUGCAUCACAGUUCUUGAAAUAUUCCAGCAGACAAAACAUGUCCCAGUAAUGUUAAAUUGAUGUAGAAUCAAUGUUGUCUACAUUGAUUCCAUGUUAAUCAAUGUUUACCCAUUGUUGGAUUGCAUUCUAGGCUUUGCACUCUUUUGAUACGAUUAUUCCAGCGUUAGCCAUUUUGGUAUCUGAUGAAACUCCUAAAUGUAAUGGGAUAGAAUCAGGAUUUAUUAAAUGAGACUGUGAGCUAUCAUUUAAGAUAAUUUUCCUUGGCUAAAGAUGCACUAAAAAAAUAUUUAUUUUUUCCAUUGAGAAAUUGGUAAUACUAUAACAAAUACUGCUGUAAAAUUGGCUAAAAUUGUACAUUAUAAGGAAUUUACCAGCUACUUUAGAAUACUAUACUUCAAAGAAAAGUUGUCCUAUAAGUUUAUUUCACAAUAUGAUCACACUUGCACGUGCACUCACUCAAAACGAUUUCAAAUAUUGUUUGCUUGAGGCAUAAAUUUUCUUGCAUUAAAGAUUUUGCCUUGUCACAUUGUCCUAUUCGUGUCAUUGUGUCCUUUAAAGCCAAUAACACAAUAGGAUGUGUGUUUUUUGGGUUAAUUUUCUAAAAAUUAAUUAUGGCACGUGUUGAAAGAAAUGACUACUAAAAUUUCAUUAUUUACGUAUUCUAUUGAUAAAUACAGGUUCAGCAAUUAUAUUUAGUAGCUAUUUAAACAGGAGGAAAUAUAGUAAUAUAUUAUACAUACAGUAUAUAUAUGAGUCUUUUGUUUUAAUGAUCCUAUGAUUCCAUUUUUCUCAACUAUAUUAUUUUUCUUAAUGUUCAAAUGUAUUCCCAUCAGUCCAAACUACACAUUACAAGAGAGUAUAUUGAGGCCAUACGACGGGAUGAAACCAGCAUCCCCAGAUUACCCCCCCCCCCUCUCUUUCCCUCGGCACAUAUUCAGUCAGUAGUGCGUGUUCCUGGGGAGUUUAGGGAUGCAAGUUCGAUGUCAUUGUACAAUCUUGGUAUUUUCUUCCCAAAAACAUUACGUUCUAGCAAUUUUGUUGUAGGCUUUUUAAUGUUGCAAGUAAGGGGUAAAUAUUGGCAUUAUUGCUGUAGCCACAUUCAAAUUUAAAUGGAGUAAUGCUAUCUUUGGGAGUAAAUUGACCCCAUGCUUCUUAAAAUAUUGAUAAAGGUUGUAAGUGUGCAAGUGUGUUUUUGGGUAAAUAGUUUUUUAGAUGCGUGUUAUUUUAUAUGCCCUCAAAGAGAACACAUUCUUGUAUUCGAUAAUAACUGAAUUACUGUAUUAUACAGAUUUAAAGGCAUAUGCAGUAUAUAUAGCUGUUUAUAUAUUGAUACAGCUUCCAGCAGUACUAUAAUGAGGUGGUUUGUUUAAAGUGUCGGGUUUGAUGAAACCUUUGUGUAGGUGACUAGUACUAAUGCCAGGUGCAAAGUUGCACUGUCUAAUAUGUCUGGCAUGGUGGUGAGUUUGUAGAUUUGCAACCCAUCUGUAGCUUGCAUUGUACGAUGAAUGACAUUUGUUUUGCCGAUGGUUUGGGUUAUCUGAUAAGAUGGUAUUUGCCUCGCAGUGAAAAUACUUUUGGAGCCUUCUCGUAUAAUCAAUAUUUACUUUCAUAAGAUAAAAAAAAGAUACUUUACAGUAUUUCACUUCUUUCCCUCGUCUAAAUUUUGUAUCAUUUUAAGAACAAAUUUUGUAAGAUUCAUUUUUAAUGUCUGGUGUAAGAGUCUUAAUCUUUGGUAUUGCAUAAACUCCACUUCAGAUAGUUUAAUAUCUUAUUUUGUAUUAGUAUUUUUUUUUUGGUUUAUAAAUUUUGUGCUCUUAAUUUAGUCAUUUUUGAGAUUGCACUUAACCUAAAGAAACAUUUCCUAUGUUUUUGUUACCAAGUGAAACAAUAAGGUGAACUAUGUAUUUUAUAUCUUUAAUGGAAGUAUCGCACUUUGAAGAGGUAUCCUGUAUUUAUUAUUAUACUAUGUUAUAUAUAUAUAUAUAUGAUGUAUGGUUAGGGUUUCUGUUGUAAAUCUCAUGGUAAACCUCGAAUUAAGAUCAUGAUCUAGGCCACCAAAUUAAAAACUAGAUAAGGUGGACGUUUUGGAGAGGUAAACGUAUGGUUGCUGCCAGUCUCUUGAUGAAAUAAAAUACUUUAAUCUUUGUUAAAUGUAUUACAUUAACAAAAAUUUCCUUAUACAGUACGUGCAAAAUUAUGAUUCUGGCUAUUUUUUCUUUUACAUCGGUACUUUUUUGUCGGAAAAUGUGAAAUAUAUUGCCACCUAAUGUUUCUAUGAGGUUCUGUUUAUUUAAUUAAGAAUGAUACUUUGUGCUAUUGUUUGUAUGAUUAUGUACUGUACUUCUGAUUUAUAUAUCUUGUCAUUGUUGACCUAAUCUGGAUCAAAUUAUAUCACUAUUUUACCAUGGUUAGAGUUUUAAGAAUUUUUCCAUAACUUCACGCAUGUACGUGUGCAUAUGUACAUAAAUUUGUUACAUGUAUGCAUAUUCUAGUAAUAUGCAUGUACACAUAUGCAUACAAUGUAUAACUAGCUUUUCUACACACAAUAAACUGGUUUUGGUUAUAUAUAGAACAGUUUUGAUGGUUAAAAGAUUUUUGGCUGCCAAACAUUGCUAGACCUGUCAGUUUAGGACAUGCAUCUUGCACACUAAGAACUGAUCUAGUACAGUAUUUAGUGCUAAAAAGAUGAUUGGUUUGUCGGUAUAUAAGUACUUUUGAGUGCACACGAGAGUGAAGUUUGGGAGCUGCCCAACUUUCUCGACUUUGUUGCUGUUGCCAUUUAUUGUUAGGUUAAAUGACCUUGUGUAGUCUGUAUAUAUGAUAUUGUGAUAUUUUAUGAAAUAAAGUUUUAAAUUUU